CUUGCAUUCUUGCUUUCUCCUUCUCUUCCAUCCACUUCCUUAUUAGAGUUACGAGUUCUAUAUCUAGACAAUAACGAUCACGAUCAUGUCGGGCAACAACCAGGGCGACAACCAGCAGUUCACCAUCCAGCCGCACCCGGCUAAGACGAACGACCCUCGCGACCUUGUUUCGGACGUCGCGGGCCAGGCCAACGUCUUCAACACCCCCGGCAUCCAGCAGCUUCCGGACAAUGUUGCCCAGGGCCUUGAGAAGCCCAAGACCCGCGAGGAGCUCCAGGCUCUUGGCAAGGACCUCAACAAGUAGUUACGUGGCCUAGGCCAUGUCAUGUAUACGUUGCCAAUGCCUGCGUGUUUGUGCGGAGUUGCGACAAGUCUCAUCCUGGACCAGAAAUGGGAGUCCUAGCGAUCUGCCGGUGUACCUCUGCCGGUGUAACCCUGAUAGCGGUUACCAACUGAGGCCUGACGAUCAGCGCUACGGUCCGCAGCCACGGAGAGGACGAGCACGAAACCGCACGUCGGCAACAACAUGCCACUUCAGGAAGCACCUCCAAUGCGGCCAGAGCUUGAUGCCUCCGCCCUCGACGAUGACCCGAGACGUCGGAGCACCUGAGAGACAGUGCAGCGUCGCAACAAAAGAGCC